CUGAAGCCCGUCGAUCGCGGCCGAGAUGCCUGGUGCACUCUCCUCGGCGCCUUUGCUUUUGACGCCUUGUUCUGGGGCUUUCCCGGCUGUUUUGGUGUCUUUCAGCGAUACUAUUCCACCGUGCCCGAGUUCAAAGAUGAUGCUGUCCGGAUACCCGUCGUUGGAGUCUUGGCAACCGGGUUCUACUACUUUGGAUCUCCAUUUUCAGCAAUGCUGGCAAGGAAGUUUCCCAAGUAUCAGCGCCAUCAAAUCUACCUCGGAUGGGUUCUAAGCAUAACUGGUCUCUUAACCGCCUCCUUCACAUCUUCCGUCAGCGGCCUCAUCGCCACGCAGGGGGCUCUCUACGGCAUCGGCUUCGUGCUCAUCUCCAUGCCCAUCGUCAGCAUGGUGAAUGAGUGGUGGGUGGCGCGAAAGGGCAUGGCGUUUGGUCUGAUAUCUGCUUCGUCGGGCGCAACGGGAGCUGUUCUGCCUUUUAUUCUUGAUGCUCUGCUUAGACGAUAUGGAUAUAAAGUCACGCUGCGGGCUUGCGCGGUAGCCAUGACCGUUUUGACUGCGCCGUUGCUGCCGCUUUUCAAGGCUCGGCUGCCAGCUUCAGAUCAGGCCAAUCUGGCGAGGAUCAACUGGGACUUUUUGAAGCAGCCUCUCUUUUGGAUAUACGGCUCCGCGGUCCUAGUGCAAGGAAUUGGCUUCUUCUUCCCCGUCGUCUUCUUGCCAUCUUACGCCUCCAUCUUUGACAUUUCUUCCGUCAAGGGCGCCUUGCUGGUAUCUCUCAUGUCCAUUGCGCAGGUCCUCGGGCAAUUUGCAUUUGGCUACCUCUCAGAUAAAAACCUUCAUGUGGGUUUGUUGAUGACGAUAUGCUGCGCAUUUGCCGCAACAGCAUCCUUCACAUUCUGGGGCCUGGCAAAGUCGCUACCUCUUCUUGCUGUAUUCAGCUUCAUCUACGGCUUCUUUGCUUUCGGAUUCGGAACUAUGCGCGUGGCAAUGGGUCGGGCCGUCAGCGAUGAUCCAUCGACCGUGUUUGCCACUUAUGCGAUAUUUGUCUUUUUGAUGGGCGUGGGAAAUAUCCUGGUUGGGCCGCUGAGUGCGGCGUUGAUGGCG